AUGCCUGCCUCUCGCUCCAUGGCGCGCCCUACCAUCAAGCCAUCCUAUGCCAGGGUGCGCACAACGUCGACGCAGUCGGCUUCACCCCGCGCCCGCGCCAUUGUGUCGGAGGAGGAUAAGGACCUUGUCGCCGACUUCCGCAAUGAAGUCGGCUACAAGGGCAAUGUGAAGUGGGCUCCGUUACUGGCACAGGCGCUGGAGCGCCUUCUGCCGCCAAACAAACGCAAGGUUCGGUUCUGGCAGUAUGUGGAUAGAUACCACAGGCAAGACAUUGUCGCUCGUAUCCGCGCUCUCAAAGUCAAGGCAAGCGCUCGCGUCACCAAGACGCGCCGUCUUACACGUUCGCCACCUACAACUAUUCAGCCGGCUACUCGCACCCCGCGUCCUUCCACCACACGCUCCGCUCGCUCUUCACCGGCUUCUCGCCGCGCGACUGGCAUCGCUCGCGAUGUAGCACGUUCCACCCCCACCGCCGACAGGGCAUCGACUCAGCGUAUGGAGCGUGCCGUUUGGAACGAGGUCCGCAAUGCCCGGCGCGAGGCGGCCUCGCUCGCUCUUCAACAGGAUCACAACGACGCGCAUGCCAGCUCGGAGCCGACCCCCCCGCCCUCCCCGCGUGCCCUCAGUGUCGAGCUACUGGGCGUGCUUCCCAAGCGCAAAGUGAUAGAACUUGACAUCAAACCUGUUAGGCCCGUCCGCGAUGAGCGCCGCUACCAAGUAUUCGAUGGUGUAGAAUACGAAGUGGAGAGGUAUUUCAAAGCAGAGGCUGCUGGGCUCCCGGGUAUAAACUUGUAA